UCUAGCUGUUAUUUGCGUCCUCGGCAUUUCGCUGGGGCAGCUGCUUUUCAAGAAGGCAGCAGCCGCUAUUCCGCUUUCCCCCUCUCUGAUGGAUAUUGCCCUCAAUGGCUGGCUGCUUGUGGCUUUCGCGCUUUACGGAGUCACCACGCUGGCCUGGGUGUGGAUUCUGAGAAGUGCACCUCUGUAUCUGGCAUAUCCGAUUAUGGGACUGGCCUUUAUAAUUGUGCCCAGGAUAACCAUUUGCAUCCCAAGCACCCAAUUAACAAAACAGAUCACAUGAAAAUUUCAGUUGCCAUCCCUUGCUACAAAGUCACACAGCAUGUCAUAGAGGUGAUAGAAAAAAUACCCGAUUGCGUAACAACAAUAUAUGCCGUAGACGAUUGUUGCCCUGAUGGCAGUGGAAACUGGAUUCUGCAGAAUUGCAAGGAUCCUCGGGUGAGGGUACUUUUCCACACAAAAAACCAAGGCGUGGGAGGAGCGGUAAGCACGGCUUAUGGUCAAGCGAUCAAGGAUGGAAUGGAUAUCGUAGUCAAAUAG